UCCCUCUUUAUCUCGAUCUCUUCCCACUCGCUCUCUCUCUCUCUCUCUCACGGCUGCCUUGGGCUCUCUCCAGCCGCAGCAACUCGAUAACCCAUCAGUCAUAGGGCAAUGGAUGAAUCGAUGUGGGGGCAUCUUCCGCUGUUGGUGAGAUCGAAUUCAAAGGAAUCUGUGGAGUACAUUCUCCAAGCACUGUGGCGCACUCGCACCACUGGCCUCGACUCCGCUGACAGAGAUAUCAUCCGUGAUAUGCUUCAGCUCCCAACUGACUCCGACCUCGACCCCCUCUUGGUGUGCCUUCGCAUACUAAUGCGAAGGUGUGUGUACGAAAAUUUUAGCAAGGAUGAGAUUCAUAAGCUGUUUCCUCAAGAGGUCUCACCUGAAUUACAAAGAUUGCUUACCCUUUUGUUGCAAAAGUUUCAGCGGGAGUGGCGAGAUGAUGCACUCAAGGACCAGGUUUCUUUGCCCCGUUUGAAGGCAAUGACAUGGAAUAUGGCAAACCAUGAUGCAGAAUCCACAGAUCAUGUUGCGGUUAUUAAUUUGAAGCUUCAAGAUGAUACACAGUCUUUAUCAGGGGAAACAGAGGUCAAAUUCCAAUUGGCAAAAGAUACAAUGGAAACAAUGCUCAGGUCCUUGCACUAUAUAAGGAAUCAAUUGUCUAAUACUGUAAGUAUUGUCACUGAUAAUGUGGUGGAAAAGUUAGUGAGGUUUGCUAAUCCUAGAUGCCAGCAGGUGGGCCCCACCAUGUCUGAGAUCCUAGCCACUCAUCAGGUGGGCUCUGCUCUCAAUGCCAGAAGGACUAGAUUUGUUGAUCCGCCUUCUUUUCAAACCAGGGUACAGCUGCUCUGUGGCCUGCUGGAUGAGUAGCUGGGGGCUCACACAUGGGACCAACUUUUAGGUUGGAUGUAGGGCAGCAAAACUCUUUGAUAGGUUCAAUUAUCUGAUUCGUGCCAUUGUCUUAUGAUGCAUGGUUUCAGGGUGAUACAUCAAACGGACAUCUGCAAGGACCAGAAACAAGUUGAACGCUGUAUGUUGAGAUGAAAUGACUGGCAAGGUACGGUUAGAUUGGAUUGGCUUUCUUAAAACCAUAGAAGGCCAUGCUCUACAAGUGGGCUAUAGAAGAAACAUCAAUUCAGUUGACAAUUAUAGCAUGCCAAAGCAAUUAUCAUUGAGGGCUCCUGAAUUUGUAUUUUGAUCCAUUUUAUAGUGAUGGCAUCAUUUAAAAAAUUUGCAAAUCGAGUCACUACUGGUUUAUGGUUAUACUUGUUGUAUUUGGCUCGUCUCCUUUGUUAAUGAAAUCGUUACCCUGA